AUGUUUGAUGAAGGAUUCACUCAUUUACCAUCUCGAGAUAAUAUGAAACGUCGAAUAAAAAAAUUGCUUUUUAAUGAUAAUUUUCUAAUAUCACCAAACAAUUCAGAUUUUAUAUCAGUCUCAAUUGUCUUAUGCAAGGCUCUACGCCAAACUCAAUUCUUACGCUGUGACACCGGUCCAAGUAUUUCAUUCAAUACAUUUUUUGUUACAUUAUACAUUUUUGUUGUUUACUACAGUAGUAUAGGUGAUGAACAGUUUAAUAUUCUUCAACCUAUCCAUCGUGGUUUAGCUGAUGGAACAUUUAAAAUAGUUUCUGAAGUAUUUUAUCAAUUAUAUCUUAUACACGUGAUAUAUCGGGAUUGUGUGGUAUCUGCCAUAUGUGCAUUAUUACGUUGCAAAGAUGCUGUUAUAUAUCGUCGACUAAUCAAUAAAAUAUUUAAGGUUGCAUCACAAUGGACGCCUCAAUCAAUGAUGAUUGUUUUCAAAAGAGCUUGUAUUAAUGUUUAUGAACAACGUUUUCCAAAUAUCGUAUUAUCUGACUGUUACUUUUACCUACGACAAAAUCUUCGUCGUAAACAACAUGUAUUAUAUUACUCAUCAUGA